AGCAUUAGUAACCUUAUCAACCACACAUGAUCCAGUCUUUCAUUAUGAUGUCGUAGUUGUCGGAGGUGGCCAUGCAGGUUCAGAAGCAUGCGCUGCUGCCGCGAGAACUGGGGCGCGAACGUUGUUAAUUACUCAAAGAUUUGACACAAUAGGGGAAAUGUCAUGUAAUCCAUCGUUUGGCGGAAUUGGCAAGGGUAUCAUCGUCAGAGAAAUUGAUGCGUUGGAUGGUCUCUGUGGAAGGAUAUCGGAUCUUUCGGGAAUACAAUUUCACGUUCUUAAUAGAUCAAAAGGACCAGCAGUACAUGGUCCUCGAGCACAAAUUGAUCGCAAACUUUACAAGCGACAUAUGCAACACUGUUUAGAAAAUUAUCCAAAUCUGACAAUAAAGAUUGGAAGCGUGCAUGACAUAUUGCUCUCGCAUGGCUCACAUGUUGCUGAGAAAGAGGAUGUUCCUAUUUAUGGAUGUGUAAACGGGGUCAAGCUAGAAUCAGGGGAAAUCAUAAACGCACCAAAAGUUGUCAUUACAACAGGAACUUUUCUGAAAGGAGAAAUACAUAUUGGCAGAAAAGCGUACCCAGCUGGUCGUAUUGGGGAGGAAGCAUCUGUCGGGCUGUCAAAAUCACUUGAACUGGCCGGUUUUCGCCUCGGGAGGCUGAAGACAGGUACUCCACCUCGUUUGGAUGGCCGUACUAUAAACUAUGACAAUUUGAGGGUACAAAAUGGUGAUAUACCUGCGACGCCGUUCUCUUAUCUUCACAAGACAGUCCCAUAUGAGAAUCAACAAAUUAAAUGCUACUUGACUAAAACGAAUGCUGAGACACAUAAGAUUAUACUGGAUAAUCUAUCCGAGACAAUACAUAUCAGAGAGACAGUUAAAGGACCAAGAUAUUGUCCAUCAAUUGAAUCGAAAGUAAUACGAUUUACUGAUAAGAGUGGACACUUUGUUUGGUUAGAGCCAGAAGGCCUUGAUACCCACGUUGUUUAUCCCAACGGAAUCUCUACUACACUUCCCGAAGACAUCCAAUGGCGGUUGUUAAAGACUAUCCCUGGUUUGGAGAAUGUGACAAUGUUGAGAGCAGGUUAUGGGGUAGAGUAUGAUUACAUCGAUCCACGCGAGUUAAAACCUACUUUGGAAACGCGUCGAAUCAAAGGAUUGUUUCUAGCAGGACAAAUAAAUGGCACUACGGGAUAUGAAGAAGCUGCUGCACAGGGAAUCAUGGCCGGCAUAAAUGCUGGACUUGCCGCCCAAAACAAGCCGCCAUUUAUCCUAUCUCGGGCCGAUGCUUACAUUGGUGUAUUAAUAGAUGACCUAAUAACUAAAGGCGUCGAAGAACCUUAUAGAAUCUUCACUUCACGUUCCGAAUAUAGGCUAUCAUUGCGUGCCGAUAACGCAGAUACUAGGUUAACGCGAAAAGGUUACAAAGAGGGACAUUGCGUAUCAGAACAACGAUUAAAAGUUUUCCGAGAAACGGAGGAGUUGCUCCUAGACGGAGUCAGACAAAUGAAAGAGUUUGAAUUACCCCCUCAGAAAUGGGAUAUACUUGGUGUCAAGAUUAAUUUCGAUGGUGUAAAGAGAAACGCUUACGAGAUAUUAACAGCCAAGGAUAUGUCAAUGAGAAGAUUGACCGAGAUCGUUCCAAAAUUUGCCGAGAUACCCCCAACAAUACGAGAAAGGAUAGCUAUUGAGAGCAGGUAUAGGACAUUUUUAGACAAGCAAGAGGCUGAUAUACGUGCGUUUCGACGUGACGAAGAGUUAAUGCUCCCAGAAGACAUUGAUUAUGACAGGAUUCAUAAUCUCUCUACAGAAGCAAGGACAAAGUUGAAAACGAUAAGGCCACCCACUUUGGGAGCGGCUAAGAGAGUAGAAGGUAUGACGCCGGCUAGUCUUAUAGUAUUACUUAAAUAUGUUCAAAGACAAAAUAGAACCACGGGUGGCUUAUCAUCGGAUGUCAUUUCAUGA